GACUCGGGCCCGCCCCGGGGAGGCGCCGCGCCGGGCCCGGGGAGCCGGGGGCGCACGAUGGGGGCCUGCCUGGGGGUCUGCUCCCUGCUGAGCUGCGUGUCCUGCCUGUGCGGCCCCGCAUCAUGCCUGCUCUGCGGCUGCUGCCCCUCGGCCAGGAACUCCACCGUCUCCCGCCUCCUCUUCACCUUCUUCCUCUUCCUCUGCACCCUCGUCUCCAUCAUCAUGAUCAUCCCCGGCGUGGAGAAGGAGCUGCACAAGCUCCCCGGCUUCUGCGAGGGCAGCGGCUCGGUGCUGGGGGUCCAAGUCCACGCUGACUGCAGCGGCUUCCUGGGCCACAAGGCCGUGUACCGCAUGGGCUUCGCCGCGGCCUCCUUCUUCUUCCUCUUCGCCGUGAUCAUGGUGUGCGUGCGCAGCAGCAAGGACCCGCGAGCCGCCGUGCAGAACGGCUUCUGGCUCUUGAAGUUCAUGGUGCUGGUGGGGCUCACAGUGGGGGCCUUCUACAUCCCUGAUGGCUCCUUCACCUCAGUCUGGUUCUACUUCGGCGUGGUCGGCUCCUUCCUCUUCAUCCUCAUCCAGCUCAUCCUCCUCAUCGACUUCGCCCACUCCUGGAGCCAGCUGUGGCUGCGCAACGCGGGCGAGGGCAGCGCCAAGGGCUGGUACGCAGCCCUUUGCGCUGUCACCUUCAUCUUCUACGCUGCCUCCAUUGUGGCCAUCGCGCUGCUCUAUGUUUACUACACCAAGCCCCAGGGCUGCACGGAGGGCAAGGUCCUCAUCAGCAUCAACCUCAUCCUCUGCGUCAUCGUCUCGGCCAUGUCCAUCCUGCCCAAAAUCCAGGAUGCCCAGCCGCACUCGGGGCUGCUGCAGGCGUCCCUCAUCACCCUCUACACCAUCUUCAUCACCUGGUCCGCCCUGGCCAACGUCCCCAACCAGGACUGUAACCCCACGCUGCUGCUGCGGAACAGCACGGGCUCAGCAGAGGCUGCCCAGCCGCUGACAACGUGGUGGGACGCCCCGAGCAUCGUGGGGCUGGUGAUCUUCAUCCUCUGCACCCUCUUUAUCAGCAUCCGCUCCUCGGACCACGCACAGGUCAACAAGAUGAUGCUGACGGAGGAGAGCGGGGCCGGGGUGAGCGCUGGGGAUGCGGCAGCGGCAGAGAGCGGGGUGCACCGCGCCUACGACAACGAGCAGGACGGCGUCACCUACAGCUACAGCUUCUUCCACCUCUGCCUCCUCCUCGCCGCCCUCUACAUCAUGAUGACUCUCACCAACUGGUACAGGCCCGAUGAGAGCCUGCGGGUGCUGAGCAGCCCCUGGACGGCCGUGUGGGUGAAGAUCUGCUCCAGCUGGGCCGGGCUCCUACUCUAUGCCUGGACGCUGGUGGCUCCGCUGGUGCUGCCGGACCGGGACUUCAGCUGAGGCGGCCGCGGGCAUCCCCCCCCAACGCCAGGGGCAGCCCCAGCUCCGCCUCGGCCCCAGCCUCGAGUUUUGCACGUGGGUUGUGCCUUCUUGCAGGUUUUCAGCCUUAAUUUAAAAGGGAUAAAGUGCCAAGCAGGGACAGUCAGCGAGAGGGCUGGGACUUCCCUAAGGACGUCUGUACCGCUGUUACACUGCCCGUGCUUGCCUCGUGCCUUCAGCGGUGCCUCCAGCCGCCCUCCUCUCAGCCUUUCGAGGGUUGGGUUUGCACGAGCUGCUCUCCUCUUGCUUGGUGCCCCGGGACCGCGGUGCCUUCUGCAGGGGCUUUGCGGACUGGCUGUGACAAGGAGAUGGGACCCGGCCACCAGCCUCUGCUGCUUCCCCAGCCAGCCUGGAAGAAAGCCAAGCUGGGGGCUGCGUGUCGCCUGUGUCCCCCCCAGCAUUUGAGGGUUGGCCGACUCCCCCAGGGCUCUCCCUGCCUCCUCAAUAAAGUCUUGUUUG